AUGCCGAUCACUUACUUAGCUGUAUACUCUCUGAUCUUGUCCGUGAGGAAUUUCUGCACAGGAUCAAGUUCCUUACUAAAUGCCACUGCCAUAACACCAAUGGUCUUCCACAAAUGGACUGAGAAGGCUGACCCAACAAGUGAGGAAAACCUGAACGGCCUGCCCCGAGCUCAAGGCUGUUCUUUGCUAUCUGCACAGAAAUUCUAUGGUUCAGCGUGCCAGAGCGGCCACAGUCGUACUUCCGGCCUCCUCGUUCGCACCAGGGGAACCUGCCUCGCAAUGGAUUAUGGGGCAGGCUUCAGCUUGGUGGACUGGAAGCGUCUGCGAGGCCGUGAUCCUUUGGACCUGAACGCGCUUUUAAAACUCACUCCUUCAGUUUACAUUCAGAGUUGUGAGCAGAAGUGGAGAGAGGACAUCAUGCACCGAAUGCUUAUGGGAUUAGGCUCGUUCCGGAGUGUUCAGGCCGUGAUCUGGUGUCCAGGUGGUGGAGGGCAGCCCUCUCCGCUCUUGGAGCCUGGCUCAGAGUUGUUGAGAGGACUAAAUGGGAUGAUACAUGGAAAACAUCGAUGUAAAAACUCCAUCUCAGCAUCUACUUCUGGAGAGCCCAACUUGGAGCCUAUCCACACUUGGGACCCUAGGACCUCAACUUCUGCACCAAUGGGGGUUAUCAAGAAAUUGUUCCAAUAA